GUCCCCGAACAGUAGCCGCUUGGCGGCGCUGUCGACGGCUGUGUCAACCAGCGGGCGUCCACACCUCGCUCGCCUAGUUCACGUGCUGGGUUUUUACACACCCUGCAGGGCCUGACAUCUGCUCACGACAUGCGGUUAUCAUGGUUAUAAUGACUGGGAGAAUGAAGAUCCUGUCUUGAUGCAGCCUCUCCCGCUGCACGCUCAGUCUGGUGGCAGCAGGAUCCUCCCCCGGCUACUGACGCCUUCAUCUCAGUAUCCUCGAGCUGGCAGAUCUGCACACGCCGAGGACCCUCCGAGCAGUCAUGAUCGACGUCAAUGCGCUCGAAAAGUCAGGGUUCUGGCCAGAAAGGAGCAGAACAAGCCUCCCUUCACCACGCUUGACCGAUGCAAGCAAAGUCUAUGUCGAGCCUGCCCGUCUUCGGCGAACUGCACACGCUGGUGUUCUUGUGUGCUUGAUCCUGCGAGUUCUUCUGGCUCUGCUGCUCACGCGAUUUUGAUGCACACGACAACAGCUCACUGUGCUGCCCUGCACGUUCUGCAGCCAAUUGCCUCACGGCGGCCGCCAGUCUAGCUUGUGCUCUUCAUUUGCGUGCACAUGGGCACCCCUGAGUAUGAUGCGCUUUCUGCAUGUCAACAACGAAUGAAGCACACCAUUUUGCCCUGCUCACACCGACACCCGCACGCUUGCAUCGACGCCAAGAACAUGUUUUCGAUUUGCUGCCCUGCAAUACCCCGCGAUUGCCUUUGUUGUUGUGUUUCCUACGGCUCACUUCAAG